AACAUGACAGUAUAAUUUUCUGUUUUUUUAUAAACGGUUCUACAAAAAGGAGAAAUUAGAAAAAAGAGUGCCUAGCUUAAAAAAUAAAUUGCGAAAUUAAAGCCUUUUCCUAUUGAAGCGAAAACAGAAGAAUUUAAAAUGGAAUUCCCUAAUUUAGGACAGCAUUGUAAUGAAAAAUCCUGCAAUAAGUUAGAUUUCUUACCCAUGAAAUGCGAUGGAUGUGGCAAGGAAUAUUGUUGCGAUCAUUUUCAUUAUGAGCGCCAUAAUUGUAAGACAGGCAUACGUAAAGACUUUCAAGUCCCUCUAUGUCCUCUAUGUAACGAACCGGUUCCUACCGCUCCUGGCGUUGAGCCGGAUGUAACCGUGAGUCAGCACAUUGAUCAACAGUGUAAAUCCGAAACAAAGAAAAUUUUCACAAAUCGUUGUUCAUUUAAAAAUUGUAAACGCAAAGAGCUGAUACCUGUUUUUUGUAGCCAAUGUAAACGAAAUUUCUGUCUACGUCAUCGCCAUACCGCUGACCAUGUGUGUGAUUCGCAGAAUACUGUGAAUCAACAGCGUAAUUGCGCCAAUGCAGCGGAGCUGAGACGUACGCAAAAGCCACCUAGUAAUUUAUUUAAUGCAAAUUUCAAACCUAACGUACAUCCCGUGAGAACAACAGCUACAGAUCAUUUAACCAAUGGCUCAGUUGGUGUGCAAAAUAUUCAGGGAAAUAUGUCGGAGGAUGAAGCAUUGGCACGCGCAAUAGCACUUUCUAUUCUAGAAUUAGAUGAGUCGAAUAAUCGUGAUCAUCGCAACGCUGUAGAUGCGGCCCAAACACAACGCCCUAACAACAACACCAGUGUACCUGUUGGAGGACGUGAUAAUCAGCCCACAAAUAGCAAAGACAAGUGCUCUCUAUCAUAGCGUGCUCGUAAAAGUCGACCGGGCAACAACAAUUCUAAAGUUUUAAAUAAAAAUUCUUACUAUUCCUCUCACGUUUGCAUUU